AUGGUACUAACUAUGCAAUGUUUGAUUAGCAAUAGUAAUGAUAGCAACCAUGAAGGUAGCAUCAAUAGAAAUGAGGAAGAAUUACAUAGUACCGUUGAACAGGCUGACGAAAGUGUACCGGGAAGUGCAGAUACUGGAAGCAGAGCGAAUACUAGAAAUGUUACUGUGGCCAUCCAGUAUUCUUGGCUCAAUGAAAUGAGGAAUUUAGGAGAGGUGCUAGGAGGAGCAGGUGCCGAAGCUGAUAUCACUGCUACAAGACAAGGUCAAGGUGAGGGAGAGAACGGCGACACAUUUGUGUUGAGUUUUACUGACGUACCGGAUUCCACGUCGAAUGAUCGCUUCCAAGAGGUCAUUGGGAUUGCGGCGCAGUUUGCACUUAGUAGAGUUGCGCGGAGGUUUAACUUGCUACGUGGGUUGUCUAAGGAGUCUUUUGAAACUCUUCCACUUAAAAAGUUAAAUGAAUUGGACAGUGACCUCUGUAGUAUCUGCUACGAUGAUUUUGAAGAGGAGGAGAGUAACAUUUUAAAAAGAAACAAUAGGGAUGCAGAGAUAACCUCACCUGAUGCUAAAAGACAACGACGUGUUGACAGAAGUCUACCAGUGGCACCAGAAGCGACAGAAGAAACAGGAGGGCGUUUGACAUCCACGCAAGAUAAUGUAAACAGUAGUAGCAGUCAUCGACCUGUUGCAGAAAGUGAACAGACGGUUUAUAAGCAUUCACCCACAGAACUCCCCUGCGGACACGUGUUUGGUAGAGAUUGCAUAUUCAAAUGGACCCAAGAACAUAACAGUUGUCCUAUUUGUAGGGCCCGUAUCGUUGAAAACGAAGGCUUAAACCGCUCAGUGCAGGAAUCCCCAGUGGUAAUGGACGAAUUUGAUAGACAGUCUUUUGAGAGAAUUAGACAACUUAUCUAUGGAGAAAACGCUACGGCGAUAGGCGGAGGUGCUGGAGAUGGAGGAAUUACUUUACAGCGUCAUAACGUUAUCGUUAUCAGACCGGACUCAUCAGGUCUCAGUCCAACUGCAGAUAGGCCAAAUGAUACAGAUUCAAAUAAUCUCACAGACACAUUUGCACCAAAUUCUGGAACUCCAGGAAAUGAACCGCUAGAGAGGUCGAACAAUGAAGAUCGAAACACAACGUUACCACAACCACAAUUGCCAAACGGUGUGGAAGCAUUGGGUGUAAUACCACUAGCUCUAUUCAGUUUGGCUCCUUCGGGUAUUAGAACCACGGGCGAUGCUGCCAGUGCAUCCUUAAACAGAAGCGCCGCAGCGAAUGCCACGGGCACAUCUCAAGCUACGGGAACCAGUGCUAAUACUGCCAACGUGCAUACAAGUGCGAACAAUGGUGCAUCCACAAACACAAAUACAAGCAACACUAUAAACAGCACUGGCCCACUUCCAAUGAAUAGUGAAGAUAUAAACAGGCUAUUCGACUUAAUUGCAAACCUUACUGGUAGGAUUCAACCUAAUAGAACAAAUAUUAAUCCCCUAGCAGAUACCAGCCUUACAUCACAAGAUGCUAACCGUUCCAGCGGAUCGGGAACUAGCAUUACUGGUGAAAGAUUUCUACAGCCUGCAGCUGGCAGGUUUGGUCUAUUUGACAUUUUGGGUAGGAGAAGACGUUUCAGGAACCAAAAUAACACUGCCGAAGAAUCAGAGCCAUCAACUGAAACUCAGCAAACUCCACCGGAGGGGAACAGAAAUCUCUUUAGUACUGGCGUUGCCAGUUUUCGUGAUGGAACCGGAGUCCGCACUGUAGAUUUCACAGGGGAAAUCCCACAGCAAACUCCAUCUGCAUCAACGUCAUCUGAGUCGAAUGCUAAUGAUAAUGAAUCCUCUAGAGCUGGUAAUUAG